AAAACGGUCGAGAAAAGGCAUCUCCGUUAGGCGCUUCGAGUGUGUUUUGCUCAAAAUUCUGCUAAUUUUUAGGUGAAAUGAUGGAUAAAGAUACAUCACGCCGUGUAAACACGAGCAAAACACUCGAAGAAGUGCGCGCGUUGACAAGUCGAAAUGAAAAGCUCUUGACAGACUUCGGAAUCGACAUGAUCACGUUUGCCGACCCUGCGUUGGAGCUGUUGGAACAAUUCGCCCAAAUUCGUCUCCUAACCGGACUCUGCAUCGAGCGGCCGGAACUGUCCUACCUGGAUGAGUUUGUCUACCAGCGGGAAUCAAAACGGCUGGAGGGAAAGCUACAAGCCGUUACAGUGCAUUCGGAAAUUGACGCCCUGCGGGUACGCUGCGAGGCCGAAACGAAGGAAGUGCGCCGGCUAGAAUGUUUCCUCGAAGAAACUCAACAGUUGACGACACCGGUCGAAGAGUUUGAGAAGAAAAAAGCCAGCCAAGAGAAAAACAUUGAACUGGUGAAGAACAAAGCCAAAUCAAUACCGAACCCACCGGAAGACAUCAACCUGGACGAGCUGAUCGACAACGUUCGCCGCCUGGAGGAGGAAUAUGAAGGAAGAGGGGGGGAAUGAAUAAUGACCAAAAAUCACCCAGCAUGCAAUGGAAGGAGAAGCAGAAUAACAACAACAACAAACCCUUAAACCCACAAAUAGGGAAUCACAGGAGGCGAGAGUGCAUAAGAGUCGUUAUUGUUGUUGUUGAGCAAUCAUCAAGUCAAACAAAAAUGUCCCGUCUUUCGUGAGCGAUGCUGCGGGGAUUUUUCAAACCGAGUCGGUGGCCUGGUAAACUGGGCCAGCAAUCUCUCUCACCUUAAAAACCACAGAUUCCUUCGCAGAUAAUCAUGGUUCGUAGAAUUGACACGGGAUUAAAUGUCGAUAGCAUGGUUUUUACACGACGGUAAUUCCCCCAAAGAUUGGUGACCGUCAUGAAACGUGUGUAUGAUUGCAUAAUUUCGUCAUGACUUGUGAGCAACGUUGGAGAAAAUUAAUUAGGUUACAGCUAGGAGCAAUUGAGAUAGCAUGCGCGUCAGAUGGAAAAUGAUUGAAAUGAGCUAAUUAAAUUAAACUAAAUACA